UUUGGGCCCUGCUUUCAGGUAUAUAUUGUACAACCUUCUGAUAUUCUUAUCAGUUUGAUUAAAGCUAGCGUUUCUGCAUUUCUCUCCUUGCAUAGAUGAUGGUUAUGGAGGGAGCCAUCUAGCUUUUAGGAUUCUUCAACCUGGUUCAGUCCGAAAUUAGGAAACCGAGGAGGAAAAUCUACUAUGGCUGGUGCUGACAAACAUGUGGCAGUCCUGGCUUUCCCGUUUGGCACACACGCGCCGCCGCUCCUCAGCCUCGUGCGGAAGAUCGCCGCGGAGGCUCCAGAAGCCACAUUCUCAUUCUUCAGCACAAGCAGAUCCAAUGCCUCGGUGUUCUCUUCGCUGAAGGAGGAGGAACUUCACAAUAUAAAAGCUUACAACGUGCCUGAUGGUUUGCCAGAAGGUUAUGUGCCUUCAGGGCACCCACUUGAGCCCAUUUUUCUGUUCAUCAAGGCAAUGCAGCAGAACUAUAGGCUCACCAUGGACGACGCGGUGGCAAAUACAGGGAAGAAGAUUACUUGCUUGGUUACUGAUGCGAUGUACUGGUUUGGCGCCGGCUUCGCUGAGGAAAUGCAAGUCAAGUGGAUUCCUCUGUGGACUGCAGGGCCUCACUCUGUCCUCAUCCAUAUUCUCACAGAUCAUAUAAGGGAAAAGAUAGGCACCAAGGAUGUCCCUGGUGACCAAAGUCUGAGUUUCCUUACUGGUUUUCCUGAGCUAAAGGCUUCUCACUUGCCUGAAGGGGUAGUUGAUGAUAUAGAACAACCCUUCUCAACAAUGCUACAAAAAAUGGGAAUAGAGUUGCCACGGGCUAGUGCGCUUGCCAUAAACUCCUUCGCUGGAUUGAACCCUCUUAUCGAGAAAGAGCUCGAAUCCAAGUUCCAAUUGCUACUAAACAUUGGUCCAUUCACUCUGACAACGCCGCAAGCUGUUAAUUCAGACGAGCAAGGCUGCAUAGAAUGGUUGAACAAGCAUGAGAAAGGCUCAGUGGUGUACAUUAGCUUUGGAAGUGUGAUAAUGCCCCCACCCCAUGAGUUAACUGCACUAGCAGAGGCCUUAGAGGACUGUAAAUUUCCAUUUAUUUGGGCAUUCAGGGGCAAUCCUGAGAAACAGUUGCCAAAUGGAUUCUUGGAAAGGACAAAGUCACAAGGGAAGGUUGUUUCAUGGGCUCCCCAAAUGGAAAUCCUUAAACAUGCUUCAGUUGGCGUGUUUCUGACACAUGGUGGUUGGAACUCAGUUUUGGAGUGCAUAGUUGGUGGUGUGCCAAUGAUUGGAAGACCAUUUUUUGGAGAUCAGAGGAUAAACAUAUGGAUGCUGGCAAAGCUGUUGGGGGUUGGUGUGGGACUUCAGAAUGGGGUUUUGGCUAAAGAAACAAUUCUGAAAACUUUGAAAUCAACAAUGACAGGUGAAGAGGGGAAAGUAAUGAGGCAGAAGAUGGCAGAACUCAAGGAGAUGGCAUGGAAAGCAGUUGAACCUGAUGGUAGCUCUACAAAGAAUUUGUGUACUUUGAUGCAGAUUAUCCUAGGUUGAAAUUUGAGAACACUGGAUCAGAAGUUUGGAUAGGUAUCAAUUAUUUGUUUGUUUUUGUAUGAUUGGGAUUUCAAUUUCGUAAGAGAAUUUCCAGUAUUUGGUCCGAGGCAGAGUUUGAGAGGGCCCUGAAUUGUAUUAGUGAAGUUUUAUACCAACAAAAUCAUGAACUUUGGUUUUUCUGUUUUAAUUUUAUAGCAACUGUGACAAUACAGCUUUGAUGA